GCAGCUCUUGGUGUUUUACUGUGUCGCGCUGCUGGCCCCCCUGGCGACUGCAGCGCCGCCCUCAGACCGCAACCAUGUACCACCCAUCGCAUGUGAAGACAUGGCGCCCAUCCACGGGGACAACCAGCCCAGCGAGGAGCCGGCGCCCUACACCAUCUCCGUGUCCACCACCGCCGUGAGCGCGGGACAGACCGUCACAGUGCACUUCUCGGGCAACACGACGUUCAGGGGCGUGUAUGUGCAGGCGCGCCAAGGGGACCAGCCGGUGGGGCAGUUCCUCGCCAGCGACGUGGCCGGCGUCGCUCUGGACGACUGCGCGCCCGGCACCAGCAACGCCUUGGAAUAUGUUUCGAGUGAAGACACCGAGGAACUGGAUGUCGAGUGGGUGGCGCCUGACAUUAACGACGUCAUCGUUUUCAGAGCGUCUUUCGUGAAGACCUUCCCCGAGUUCUGGGUCGGCGUCGAGUCAGAAACUGUCACGGUCGGGACCGCGCAGAAGGCUUCCCACAUCGUUGCUGCAUGAAGAUCGGAAAUGCAUUGUGACAGUGACGACAGUGUCGUGUAAACACAUUCUUUCCAAGUCGACGCAUUAAAAAUUAAAUAACAAUGUGAUUGUUAGUGUUGGUAAUAAUAAGCUAAUGCAAUAGGUGAUUGGACUAUUUAGAUUAAAGUUAUGAGACCACUCUAUGUCCUUAGCUUGAAGAAGUUCAAAGAUAACACAGAGACACAACAGGAAAACAUCUUGCCUUGCACACCUGAAAAGUAAAAGGGUGGUCAGACAGCUUGCUUUGUGUUCCGGAGAACUUGAUAUGACGACGAGGAUAUGAAAGCGACGUCUGCCUCACAUCCUGCCGUCAUCAAGAAUAUAACUGAU